AUGGAUUCGAAAUAUCGUGAAGUAGUAUGGAAAUUAGAGGAACGUGGUCAGAUGGGUGAAAAUCUUGUCGGUUUAUGCUUAUUACAAGGAACACCAAUACACAAUCAUUUAGCUCGUCAUUUAAUUAAAUUAUAUCCAAAACUUGUCAACGAUAUUUUUAUCAGUGAAAAUUAUUACGGAUUAUCACCAUUACAUCAAGCUAUAAUAAAUGAAGAUCCGGCAAUGGUCAGUUUUCUAUUGCAAUAUGGUGCAAAUAUUAAUCAACGCUGUUAUGGUGCAUCAUUCUGUCCGGAUGAUCAAAAAAGUAGCCGGACUGAUUCGUUGGAACAUGAAUAUAUGUUUGAAUUAAUUCUAAAAUUAGAAGCAGAUGUUGUAUGGAUAUAUGGUAAUGCGAGUAGUUAUGCAUAUCCAUUAGCUCGUAUUGAUACAAUAAAUCAAGAAACUGGUGAAAUGAAUGAGGAUAGCGCAUUAUCACUUACUGUUUACGGCGAAACAACAAAACAUUUGGAACUUCUCGAUGGAUUGUUGGAAGAAUUAUUACAAGCUAAAUGGGAAGCAUUUGGACGUCGUUAG